AUGAAUUCGAAUAAUGACGCGUCUUCGUAUAAGAUGGAGGUCAGAAAACCAUGGUACACAUAUAUAACUGUGGAACCCACAUUAUUUUUCUAUAUGAUGGCCUUUAUGAUAACCAAUGUUAUCGAACAGACAUUCUACUUGUUUCGAGCAUGCACAGUAAACCAUGGUUACAGUGCAGAUAUUUGUUACAAUAUUAGCAGCUAUGAUAAAAUUAAUAAGGAAGUGCAGGUGACUACUUCACUUUUUCAUCAGUGGAAUGGAAUAGCCAUGCACGUGGUGCCUGUCUUUCUGGCCUUCUUCCUGGGCGCGUACAGCGACAAGCGAGGCAGAAAGAUCAUAAUACUGGCUGGUCUCCUGGGAAAAUUAUAUUUCUCACUUAUGGUCACUUACAUCACUACGAAUUCUUGGCCUGUCCAAUACGUCAUAUACUUCGCAGUUUUGCCAAGCGCACUGACCGGCUCCGACUUAGCCAUAUUCGCUGGGUGCUUCGCGUACUUGGCUGAUGUGUCUUCGGUCGAGAAUCGAACCCUGCGCGUCGGCAUUUUGGACGCCGUUUAUUUAAGCACAAUGCCAACUGGAAUUUACUUUGGAAACCUGAUUUUCAAUCAUCUAGCUAACCGAUCGUUUACAAUUAUGUUUGCGAUAAACUCCAGUCUAAUGGUGUUAGCGACUCUUCACUGCGCGUUCUUCCUCAAAUGGGAGUCCAGAGCUGAACAGGUCUCCAUGAGGGAGGCAGGCAUAAGGAACCCGAUCCGGGAUUUCUUCGAUAUCAACAAUAUUAAGCAGUCUGUGGUCACUUUGACGAAACCACGCCCUCACAAUAGACGACUGUUCCUAUGGUUUCUCCUUAUAUCUAUGGCGUUUUACACGUUCCAACGAGAUGAGAAACCGGUGCUUUACUUGUACGCAUCAAAGGUUUUUAAGUGGGACACGAACGACUUCAGUAAUUUCAAGACGUUUCUGAACACGGCCUAUGUUCUAUUCACGCUGUUCGGUAUUCCGCUCAUGAGUAAAGUGUUUAAGCAGCGAGAUACGGUAAUAGUAAUGAUGGGUGCAGCGGCCCAUAUGUGCGGUCAUCUGAUAUAUGCGCAGGCGACGGUCGGGAGCACCAUGUAUAUAGGAGCGAUGGCUGCCGCGUUAGGACCCUGUAUAGUCUCCUUAAUCCGUUCUAUGGCUUCCAAAGUCCUUACACCAGCGGAAAGAGGUGUGGCGUUUGCCUUUCUUUCCGUGAUGGAAAACGCUGUGGGCAUGUUCGCGUCCGUCGUUUACACUCAAAUCUAUAACGCAACAUUGGGAACACCUCACAUAAAUUCCAUAUUCUACUUCACUAUGGCAACACAGGCGGCCGUCUUCAUGUUGUCAUUUACAAUGGAGAUACUAUUGAAGGGGAGUACCUUGGAAAAUCAAGACGAACAAACCGAGAGACUUUGCAACCAGUAUACAAGAGGUGCGGUGGCCAUGCUGGGCUCUGUUCCAUCAGACUCCUUCGACACCCUCCACUCGUAUGCUAAUACUUUUCAAAUGCCUUUCAUCACGCCUUGGUUUCCUGAAAAGGAUAUGGAAAAUCUUUUGUCAAUAUUUCUUGAAGCGGUUGUUGAUGACAUCCGCCAUGGAGAACGCGAGGAGGAGCAUAGAGUGGGGGAUGAGGCAUAG